CCCUAUCCUUCCUCGCCAUUUCUGUCUCUCUUCCGCUCGCUCUCUCUCUCUCUCUCAAGAACUCCAAGAACUCGCACCGUUUCUGCACUGAGAUCCAACCUCCCUUCUCCGGCAGGUCACCGUCGCACACCCUUUUGGCCACGGUCGCCGUGGUCGACCACCAAGAUGAGCAAGGACGACGACAGAAGCAGGGGCGUCCCGGGCGGCGACUACCAGCCCCAGUACGGCACUUUCCAAGGCGUCGCCAACUACCCGCCCCCGAACCCGCCGCACCGGCAGCCGGCGAUCGGCUAUCCCCAGCCGGUGCCUCCGCCCGGCGCCUCCGCUCCCUCGGCCCCUCCUCCUCCUCCUCACUAUUACCAUCAUGGGUAUCACACCGUUCCGGGUUACGCUGUUGCUGAAGGAAGACCAGUAAGAGAAUCACAGAUGCCUUGCUGUGGUAUUGGAGUUGGAUGGUUCCUGUUUAUCAUUGGUUUUUUCCUUGGUGCCAUCCCUUGGUACAUUGGCCUACUUAUUCUUCUGUGUGGUAGGGUAGACUACCGGGAAAAGCCUGGAUAUAUUGCUUGUACAAUCGCUGCAAUUCUGGCAACAAUUGCAAUUGUCCUUGGUGUCACAAGAGAAGCUGAUGAUUGGUAACAUCAUAGCAAAUGGCAAUAAUAGGUAUCUGAUGUGAUGUCUGAAGAUGGGAUAGUUCAUGCGAUCUACUUGUUGACUACAUGAACAAAUGGGGCCAUCAUGUUAUUGACCUUUUUUUAUCACAACCUUUCCUUCUGUCAGAUGAGCAAGGAAAACAGAAUGGUUGUGUCGGUCCAAGAAGUUCGUGUUUCGGAUUAUUCCUAGUUUUCAAGAAAUGUUUUGCGUAAGAACAAGGUUGUCCUGUCUUUUUGGUCGGCGAGCCCCGUGAUGCAUGUAUUUAACUGUUGCAGUGACUAUCUCUAUUAUGCUCCUUUGUAAUGUUGUGAAAGCUAGAUCUGAUAGUCAAUGCGUUCAUUUUCAUCUGAA